AGGGCUCUCUACUUAGUGACCUUCAGAAGUUCGGACACAUCGCCGUCUCUCUUCAUAUCUCGUAAGCUGUCCAUUUUCAUUCCUUUGUUUCUCUCAUUCUUCACCUUCCAAAUCUACCUCCAAUGGCGUAUGAGAAGAUCCUUUUGGGAAUGGGCAACCCCCUGCUCGACAUCUCCGCCGUUGUCGACGAUGAUUUCUUGAAAAAAUAUGAUAUCCAGUUGAACAAUGCUAUUCUUGCCGAGGAGAAACACUUGCCCAUGUACGAGGAACUGGCUGCUAAAGACAAUGUGGAAUAUAUUGCUGGAGGCGCCACUCAAAAUUCCAUUAAAGUUGCUCAGUGGAUGCUUCAAAUUCCUGGUGCUACUAGUUAUAUUGGCUCCAUUGGAAAGGACAAAUUUGGAGAGGAAAUGAAGAAAAACUCAAGGCUUGCUGGUGUCAAUGUUCAAUAUUACGAGGAUGAAACUACUCCCACCGGUACAUGUGCUGUCUGUGUCGGAGGUGGUGAGAGGUCACUUGUUGCUAACUUGUCAGCUGCGAACUGUUACAAAACUGAGCACUUGAAGCGACCUGAAAACUGGGCACUCGUGGAGCAGGCAAAAUAUUACUAUAUUGCUGGAUUUUUCUUGACGGUGUCCCCUGAGUCCAUUCAACUUGUUGCUGCUCAUGCCGCUGCAAACAACAAGGUCUUCUGCAUGAAUCUUUCUGCUCCCUUCAUUUGUGAAUUCUUCAGAGAGGUGCAGGAGAAAGCUCUGCCGUACGUGGAUUAUGUUUUUGGGAAUGAGACAGAAGCAAGAACCUUCUCAAAAGUUCAUGGGUGGGAGACUGACAAUGUCGAGGAGAUUGCCAUAAAGAUUUCCCAGUGGCCAAAGGCAUCGGGAACACGAAAGAGGAUCACCGUCAUCACUCAAGGUGCCGAUCCUGUGGUGGUUGCUGAAGAUGGGAAGACAAAACUAUUCCCUGUUAUUUUGUUGCCCAAGGAGAAGUUGGUUGACACCAAUGGGGCAGGAGAUGCAUUUGUUGGGGGAUUCUUAUCUCAACUGGUUCAAGAAAAGCCCAUUGAAGACUGUGUCAAAGCCGGUUGCUACGCAUCAAAUGUGAUAAUCCAAAGGUCAGGCUGCACAUACCCAGAAAAACCCGAUUACAAUUAGACAGCUUUGGCGCAGAGCAGGAUAUCACAUCCUUCCCUUCCGUGAUAAAACUAGCAGCAAUUUUCAUCCAUCCAUCCAUCCAUCCAUUCAAUCUGGUACUGUCUUAUGAAAAGCCUUCAUAUUUACUCCUAAAUUCAUCCGAUUCUCUUUUGAAUGUCGAAUUUCGAGUUUUUCUUCUCAUCCUCACGGAUGAAAAUUUUCAUUUGAGCAACUCUGAACCCGAACCAUUCUAUUAAACACAUGCGAAUCUUUAGUACUGAAGUUAUAAUCUGAGUUAAUAAUUCUAUCUCCAGGGAUGCUCUGUUGUCA